AUGUCUUCCAUCAGCAAGCAGCUGUCUUCUAUCAGCUGUGCAGGCAAGAGGCCAUCUUCCUCCUCUGCUGAGAUCAGAUUGGUUUUGCUGGGGAAGACUGGCAGCGGGAAAAGCUCCACUGCCAACUCCAUCUUGGGCCGUAAGGUCUUCGACUCAAAGGUUAGCAGCUCCUCCGUCACAUAUCGUUGUUGCGCGGUCUCCGGAGAGUUUCGUGGACGACACCUGAAGAUCCUGGACACUCCGGGGCUUCUGGACACCCACCAGACUCCACAGGAGGUGCAGAAGGAGUUGAGGAGGAGCGUUAGCCUCCUGUACCCCGGGCCUCAUGUGUUCCUCCUUGUAAUCCAGAUUGGGAGGUUCACUCGGGGGGAGAAGGAGGCGGUGCAACAGAUUAAACAGGCAAUAGGUUUCCCUGCUUUGAGUUUCACCGUGGUGGUUUUCACCCAUGGAGACCUUCUGGAAGAGAGGACAUCCAUAAGGCAUUGUCUGAUAGACGGAUCCAAGGAUCUAGCCGAGCUGGUGAGCGGAUGUGGGGGCAGGUACUGUGUCUUCAACAACCACAGCUCCAAGAACAAGGAGCAGGUGUCAGAGCUGCUUGCCUUAGUGGACAUCAUGAUGCAGGGUAAUGGAGGAACGUACUACGGCAGCAAGAUGCUCCAGAAAGCAGAGGAGGAGCUGACUCUGGAGCUGCAGGAGGAGAGGCGGCUGAUGAAUGAGAAGGAGGGGCAGUUAAAAAGGAAGCAGGAGACAGCCAUACGAGAGCUCUAUGAAAAAGAGCUGGAGAUGUUUCAGCAAAAAAGCAAGAGGGAGACGGAGGAGCUGGAGAAAAAACAGGAGCUGGAGAAGCAGAAGGGGGAGAAACUGGCAAGAGAUCUGCAGGAGGCCUUUCGACGUGUGGUGGAGGACUAUGACAAGAAGGAGAAGGAGAGGAGGAUACAGGAGAUGGUGAGAGUGAUGGAGAUACGUAGAGAGGAGGAGGAGAAGAGAGUUGCUCUUCAAGAAACACUCGACAGAGUCACCAAAACGCUUGAGGAGCAGGAGGAGCAGGAGGAGAAAAUGGGAAGAAUGAUGGAGGAGAAGAUCCAAAAGGACAGAGUGGACAAUGAAAAGAAGGAGAGAGAGAGGGAACAUCAGCGAAUAAAGAACGAGCAGGCCAUUAGGCAGCGGGAGGAGAUGAAGAUAGACGCCCUCGAGAAGGAGCUGGAUGAAGUCACCCAGUCGUUGGAGGAGCAGAGCAGGAGGGACGGGGACAGGAAAAAGCAAAUGGAGGACCUGCUCCGACGUGAGAGGGAGGAGCACCAGAGAGAAAGGCACAUACAGAUGGAGAAUCAGAGAGCGGAGAAUAGGAGAAUCAUGGCCCUCAAGCACGAGCUAAAACUCAUCAGAGUGAAGGUUGAGCAACAAAAAGUGAGCGAGGAGAACCUCAAGAGGCAGCUGGAGGAGAUCCUGCGGAAGGAGAGGGAAAGGAGCGACAACGAAAUGUCUACUUGGAAAAAGCAGUUUGACAAGAAGUCGCGCAACGGGACGACCCAGAAGAACAUUGCAGAGAAACGCAGCACAAUGACUACUGUGGCUGGAUAUGCGCAGGAAAUGGGACUGGUGGGGCUGAACGCAGCUUUGGAGAGUGUCGGCACUCCCUGCUGUAUACAGUAA